CUAUUGGAAAUUUUUUCCAGCGAGCUUGUGAAAGCAAGCGACGAUGAAGCUUCAGGGGCUUCUUCAAUGGACCCCGAGCAACACAAUUCCGUCGCUUUCCUUCAUAAACUCGGCGAUUAGAAAGACCCAUCUCUCGAUCUCAGCCUCCCUCGCCGAGCAGAACCACCAGCUCACGGCGAGGGAGAGGCGGCGGCUGCGGAACGAGCGGCGGGAGAGCAAAUCGGGGUAUAGUUGGCGCGAGGAAGUCGAAGAACGGCUGAUUAAGAAACCAAAAAAGCGGUACGCUUCAUGGACCGAGGAGCUGAAUUUGGACAAUUUGGCUCUGUUGGGUCCGCAAUGGUGGGUGGUUAGGGUUUCGAGGGUUCGGGGUCAGGAAACCGCUCAGGUUCUGGCUCGAGUCCUCGCUCGGAACUUCCCCGAUAUCGAAUUCACGGUAUAUGCUCCAGCUGUUCAUGUAAAGCGAAUACUGAAGAACGGCACUUUAUCCAUUAAACCGAAGCCCAUAUUCCCGGGUUGUGUUUUCUUUCGAUGUGUUUUGAACAAAGAGAUACACGACUUUGUAAGGGAAUGUGACGGGGUCGGAGGCUUUGUUGGUUCCAAGGUCGGGAACACCAAGAAGCAGAUAAAUAAACCAAGACCUGUAGAUGACAGUGACAUGGAAGCGAUUUUCAAACAAGCAAAAGAAGAACAAGAGAAAGCCGAUAGAGAAUUCGAGGAGCAAGAAGGAUCAAAUCUACUGACACCACGGGAUGAACUCAUGAGGCCUGACUCAGAUCGAAGUGGAACUUUAGAAGAAUCCAUUGAAGAUCCUAAACCGAAACAAAAGCUGAGAAAAGCUUCUACCUCUAAUUCUUCAGCUCUUUCCUCUGGAACGAAGGAUACGAAGGGUAAGAAGCGGCUUUCCACUGGUUGUGCAGUCAAAGUUGUGUCGGGGACAUUUGCUGAAUUUGUUGGCAGUUUGAAGAAAAUGAACCGAAAAACUGGAAAGGCGACAGUGGGAUUUACGUUGUUUGGGAAGGAGACUUUAGUAGAAGUGGACAUCCAUGAAAUUGUUCCUGAGACACUGUGAUCAAUGGUAAGAAGCUUGUUCCUUUUUAUACCCAAUCAAUCAAAAACAUAUUUUGGGUUUACAGAUUUGUUCAUGGUUGGAUAUGGAACAUGUAUGACUUCAUGUCCAUGUUCAACUGGUUUUUAUCCAUUAAACUGACCAACACUCUCAUUUUUUUGGCUGUUUGGAAAAGAACCCGUUUUUUUUUUUAA